GGCUCUUUUCAUAGAGGAUUCUUAUUCGUGGCGAAGGCAGACAUGGAGGAGCUGAGCGCGGUGGGCGAACAGGUUUUUGAUGCGGAAUGCAUCUUAAACAAACGACUCCGGAAGGGAAAGUUGGAGUUUCUGGUGAAGUGGAGGGGAUGGUCAUCCAAACACAACAGCUGGGAGCCCCAAGAAAACAUCCUUGACCCGAGACUGUUGGCUGCGUUCAACAAGAAAGAGCAAGAAAAGGAGCUCCUGUUGCGUAAUAAAGGGAAAAGGCCAAGAGGAAGACCACGGAAAAUCUUAGAAAAUGUGCCAGAAGCUACGAAAUCAAGCAGCUCUUCGUCUGGCUCGUCGUCGUCCUCCUCCGACUCGUCAUCCUCGUGCUCCUCCGACUCGUCCUCGUCGGAGGAUGAGGAGGACGAAGACACCAAACAGAUGAACCCGGCUGUCAGAACCCGAGACCACCAUCCGGUCCCACAGAAGAAGGCGCAGAUCGUUGUGGCCAAACCGGAGCCGCCAAAGAAACGGAGCAGGAAACCUCCGACCCCCGAGGUGAAGGAAUUCCAACAGAGCAAGGGUCUUCGUAAACUCGUCAGCGCGCCCAAAGACGCUGAUCUGCCCGGAGCGAUUAAAAAGCCCGUUCAUCCUGCGAGUUUCACCUUCAUGGGCUUCCACCGAGGCUCGCCGAGAGACGCAGUGGGACAGACCAGGGGGUCUCAGGCACACGGUGGGGCUGUAAAAAACUCCCCGAGCUCUGUGGGAUCCGGCAGGUCGGUCCAGCCUUCCUCGCACUCUCUGAACAAAUCCAGCCAGAGCAGGAAUGUCACUGAAGGCAAAUUGUCCGUCUGCGGCGUGAAUACUGGGACAAGUCUGGAUUUAAACACAGCUGCUGGGAAAUCAAAAGGGGUGGCAGCGUUGAAUUUGAAUACAUCCAAACACCCCAUUCAAGGAACCACUCAGCAUACUCUGAGCUCCCCCAAUGGACAAAAGAAACCCCAGGGCCCUGUGUCAGCACUGCAGCGGAUACCCAACACCAAAGCAGUGGCUUCUGUUCCAUCCAAGAACUCCUCCUCCAAUCAAGGCUCUGGCCCUCAGCCCCUCAACCUCCAGAACAAACCGGCACAAAGCAAAGACUCCCCAGGAAAUGGAGCCACGCCAGUGUCAGGCCUGAGAAACACGGCCAACCCUGCGAGGAAAAGCAGCGUCCCACAAAACCAGGAUUACAAUCCUCCAAAGAGUCCGGCGACUCCUGGAAGAAUGCAGGCCAGGAAGAACCAGCCCGGAGCGGACAAGGUCAAGGAAGUGACAGAAAUCCAGUCCUCGAGAGUCCAAGGGAGGCUGGAGAAGAGCGGCGUGCACAAGUCCUCCGCAGAGGCUCCGAGCCAACAAGGCAAGAAGGCCAAAAUGAACGACAUGAGCACAGGCGAGGAGGAGAGCAGUUCAGACUCAGACCAAGACUCUUCCUUCACCGGGCAGGAUCGCUCGGUGAACCAGAACCAGGACUGGAAACCCACGCGGAGUCUGAUAGAGCACGUGUUUGUAACGGAUGUCACGGCUAACCUAGUUACCGUCACGGUCAAGGAGUCGCCGACCAGUGUGGGCUUCUUCAGCCUCCGCAACUACUGACCAGGAUCCCGAGACACUACCGAGAACCAGAGGAGCUUUGAAGGAACUGGAUAAAACCCUGAGGAACACGUCAGGGAACGGAGGUCAAUUUGUUUCCUUUAUAUUUUCUUAGAAGAAGACUAUAAUUUUAGAUUAGAAGAAAGAAAGAAACAAAAAAGGGAUGGACGUCAGUUUUUGAUUGUUAUUUAUUUUCUACAAAUUGUGUAAGAAAUGGAAGCGGAGGAAGGGCAACGUCUCAACAACUCUCAGCGAGUCCG